GUGGAUGGAGAACUGAAACCCUAGAAUGGCUGCUGAAAUCUGCUCGUCGACGUUGCCAGGCAUGUUCGGAGCUACCAGGUUAGAGGGGGAGAAUACAAUGAAAGGAGGGAUGCACUAUAUUGAGGUGAAACAGCUGCUCCUUCUAGCCUAUUGCCAAUCCAUUACCUUUUAUCUUCUUCUCAAGUCUGAAGGGCAGGCUGUUCGUGAUCAUCCUAUCACUGCUCGGCUUGUAGAGAUCAAAAACCUAUUGGACAAGAUGAAACAACUUGAUGCGAAUCUUCCAUCUGGAGUAGAGGAGGUUUCGAACAAAAAAUAUGGGACUGAAAUAUCAGUGAAGUCCGUUAGGGUGAAUGAUGUAUUGGUAUUGGAUUCUUUCUCCAAAGAUCACAAGCACUCUCUGGUCUCAGCUGAAGCACAAGCAGCAGCAGUGCCCCAUGAAGCAGCCAAGUUGGUAAAGGUGGAUUCUUUGAAGAAUAUUGAUAACAAAAGAGGGAAACACAAGCAUCAGAAUGAUCAAGUUGGUCUGCAGAGCAUGGAAAUGUUAAAAGUAAGAGCAGCUCUGGAGGAAAAAUUGAAGCAGAAGGGUAUAUUUAGUUCCAUUGCACCGAAGCGUGAUAGGUCUCAAAAACAUUUGCAACCAGUGAAUGGGUAUUACUCUGCCUAAGAUGCACCUAGUUUCAUGAUUCAUUCUGUGGGGACCAACUUAUGCAACUUGCAAUUUAACAGACAGCUUAAGACAUUUGAUGAUGACACCAUAGAUGUGGGUGGCGCCACUCAUCGCAUGAUUAAUGGACAAGCAAGUUCAUUGCAUUCAAGUAAAUUAUCUCAACUUGUGACUCCUCAGUUGAAAAA